GGAGUUAUUAAUAUGAAAAUUUAUUAUGUGGUGAAGAGCUAUCACAGUCAACAGAUAUCUACAUGGAUAAUUAUUUACCAAUUAUAAUUAUAAUUUAGUAAAUUUAAUCGUAAAUUAUUAAGUCGUAGAAAAUUGUUAAUAUGAAUCUGUGAUUUAAGAUUUGAAAGGUUUUGAAGAUUACUCUGUCGUUAAUAUAUGUUAUUCCAAGAACGAAUGCAGAUACGGGUGCCGUCUAUGUUUCGCAAUUAUCGGCGCUAUACUGAAAAUGGAGUUUCGGAAAGCUUCUCAACUCCUCGCACGAUCGUCCAGGAGCCUCUGUGAUCUUCGAUGCUGUUUCGGUGUCGAUGAUUCGAUCAAAUUCCCCAAUUCAGGUUUUAUACGUCAGUUUAAUAGAAUUUGCAGACCAUUCGGACCUUAUCUUGAAAAUCAAACGCCGAAUCCUAAGACACGUUCUCAUCUCCCAAGAUAUUACAUGGAAAAUAUCCAUGCUUCUACAGAAAGUUACAUUGGAUUCACUGGUGGAAUUCGAUACAGGUUUUUUGGCUCAGUGGCCAAGACAAUCCAGAGGGACCCAUCAUUUUCAACAAUAAAUUCUGAUGAUAUCAGCUAUUUUGAGGGCAUAGUAGGGGAGAAAAAUGUCAUUCAGGAUGAUGACAGGCUUUUGACUGCAAAUAUGGAUUGGAUGCGGAAAUACAAAGGUUCAAGUAGGCUUUUGCUUCAGCCUAGGAGGACUGAGGAGGUUUCUCAGAUUCUUAAAUACUGUAAUUCCAGAUGCCUGGCUGUUGUUCCCCAAGGUGGAAAUACUGGUCUUGUAGGUGGAAGUGUGCCUGUUUUUGAUGAGGUGAUUAUCAACAUGGGUUCCAUGAACAAAGUCAUAUCGUUUGACAUGGUCAGUGGUAUACUGGUAUGCGAAGCUGGAUGCAUAUUGGAAUACCUGGUUUCUUUCCUGGAUGGCAAUGGAUUUAUUAUGCCACUGGAUUUAGGUGCAAAAGGAAGCUGCCAAAUUGGUGGAAAUGUUUCUACCAAUGCUGGGGGUUUACGCCUUGUCCGGUAUGGAUCACUUCAUGGGACUGUACUUGGUCUUGAAGCUGUUUUAGCUGAUGGGACCGUGCUUGACAUGCUUGGCACGCUACGCAAAGAUAAUACUGGGUAUGAUUUGAAGCAUUUGUUUAUAGGCAGUGAAGGAUCAUUGGGCAUUGUAACUAAGGUUUCCAUACUAACCCCGCCAAAGAUGGCUGCAGUAAACCUAGCUUUUCUUGCAUGUAAAGAUUACCUUAGCUGCCAGAAUCUUCUACUGGAAGCAAAGAGGAAACUGGGGGAGGUUCUAUCUGCAUUUGAAUUUUUGGAUGACCAGUCAUUGGAUAUGGUUCUUUGUCAUUUAGAAGGUGUACGGAAUCCAUUACCUUCUUCAAUGCACAACUUCUAUGUUUUGAUUGAAACAACAGGCAGCGAUGAAACUUACGACAGAGAGAAGCUUGAGGCCUUCUUACUUGGUGCUAUGGAACGCGGUUUGGUUUCUGAUGGUGUUCUUGCGCAAGAUAUUAACCAAGCAGCCUCAUUUUGGCGUAUACGGGAGGGUAUAGCAGAAGCAUUAAACAAAGCAGGGGCUGUUUACAAAUAUGAUUUGUCACUGCCUAUAGAAAAGAUGUACAAACUUGUUGAGGAAAUGCGAAUAAGGCUGGGUCACUCAGUCAAAGUAAUAGGUUAUGGACACCUUGGAGAUGGCAACUUGCAUCUUAACAUUUCAGCACCAUACUAUGAUGAGACUAUUUUAGCACAAAUUGAGCCCUUUGUCUAUGAAUGGACAUCUGAGCACCGUGGGAGUAUCAGUGCAGAGCAUGGCUUAGGACUGAUGAAAGCUAAUGAGAUCCACUACAGCAAGUCACCUGAAGCUGUCCAACUUAUGGCAUCCAUCAAGAAGUUGCUGGACCCCAAUAGGGUGCUCAACCCGUAUAAAGUUCUUCCACAUUCUCUCAUUUCAUGCAGCUGAAGCAAAGAUCGUCAUACAAGAAGCCUUUUUUUUUUUAUUUCUUUCUUUCGUGGUGAAAUCUAGGGUUGGAUGGGGAAAUACGACACUGAUUAAGAGAGGUGAUGCAAGGAAUUGCCAUGGGAAAAAAGUGGGAAGUUCUUCUGGCCUGCGUAAAAGAAGUAGACGGUAAAAGAAGUUCAUAGUUUAUUUUAUUUUAUUUAUUUUUCUUUGGGUAAAUUCUUGCCUUGUAUCUGCGAACAUGGAAUUUGAAGCAUUACAAUUGUAUGGGUUUUAAUAAAGUGUACUGUGAAUUACAUUUAA